UAGGGACUGUUGUACAGAGAUGGCGGUGCUGGGGGUCGUGCUGGGGCUGCUGGUAGCCUGCAUAGCUGCUGCUGCCAAGGAAUUGGUGCUGAAUGUGUGUAUGGAUGCCAAGCACCACAAAACCCAGCCGGGCCCGGAGGGGGCGCUGCAUGGACAGUGUGCCCCAUGGAAAGACAACGCCUGCUGCACGGCCCAGACCAGCACAGAGGCCCACAAGGACCAGUCCUACCUGUACAGCUUCAACUGGCACCACUGCGGAGUGAUGCCCGAGAAGUGCCGGCAGCACUUCAUCCAGGACAAGUGUCUGUACGAGUGCUCGCCCAACCUGGGGCCCUGGAUCCAGCAGGCGGACAGCAGCUGGCGCCGGCAGAGGAUCCUCCACGUGCCGCUGUGCAAGGAGGACUGCGAGCAGUGGUGGGAGGACUGCAAGGACGCCCGCACCUGCAAGGAGAACUGGCACAAGGGCUGGAACUGGACCACAGGGACCAACCGCUGCCCCCGCGGCUCCAGGUGUCGGCCGUUCUGGUCCGUCUUCCCCCGGCCGGCCGACCUGUGCGAGAAGAUCUGGUCCAACUCCUACAAAUACACCCAGGAGCACCGGGGCAGCGGGCGCUGCAUCCAGAUGUGGUUUGACCCGGCCCAUGGGAACCCCAACGUGGCUGUGGCCAAGUUCUAUGCCCAGAACGGAGCAGACACCUCUCCUGUGCCGUGGGCUGUGCUGGUGCUGCUGCCGCCUGCUCUCCUGGCCCUGCUCUGAGCAGCUGGCCAGCGCUGGCA